UUGCGAUCAGUCCGCUUCAUUCCGUUUUGUUGUCGUAUGAGUAACGUUCCGCCACUGAGUUGUGUUUUUAGCAGAUUUUUAGUGUAACUCCCUUAAUUACGCAAGCGGGCUCGUGGAUCGAAGCGCGAGAAUGUUGCGGAAUACGUGGAUCUCCUACCUCGCAGGACUCCUACACGACGAGUAAGGAAACUGGCGGAGGCAGCACACCACGUCGUGCGAUCACGCUCGAGAUUGAGAUAACAUCUCUCGCAGUUAAAUGGUGAUUAUCGAUGCCAUGGAGAGAAGGAUAAAGCUGAAAACUCUGAACAGUCACAUAACAUGCAAGAUAUGCCGCGGAUAUUUGAUUGAUGCUACCACGGUCACCGAAUGUUUACACACAUUCUGCAAGAGCUGUCUGGUGAAACACCUCGAGGAGAAGCACACCUGUCCGACAUGCCAAAUUGUCAUACAUCAGUCACAUCCGCUACAGUACAUCAGCUUCGACAGAACUAUGCAGGAUAUUGUUUACAAAUUGGUUCCUGAUCUCCAAGAAAAUGAAAUCAAAAGGGAAAGAGACUUUUACAGAGCCAGAGGUCUGCCUUGUCCUAAAGACGUUUUACCUAACGCUGGCGAAAUCGAGGAAGAAAAAGCCAACGCAGAUGCACAUGCGGAAUCAGAUUAUCAUCGUGCCGACGAACAGGUUAACGUAUGUUUGGAGUGCACAAAUUCAAGCUUGAAGACUUUAAAAAGAAGAUUUAUCAGGUGUUCGGCUCAAGCUACGAUAACGCAUAUGAAAAAAUUUAUUGCGAAGAAAGUUUUAAAUGGCAUGGAGAAAUAUAGAGAUAUCGAUAUUUUGUGCAAUAACGAAUUGUUAGGUAAAGAUCACACACUAAAGUUUGUCUAUGUGACGAGAUGGAGGUUCCGGGACCCACCCUUGAGGUUACAAUACAGAUCACAUAUAGAUAUGCAAGAUUAAUCUUUCUUCACAUUCGAGAUGUACAAAAAUCACGAGAAAUCUACUCCUUUAUUUGUACGUUUUUCUAGUUACAUUCUUGUCUUACAUGUUGUGUAGUACUUACUUCUACAUUUAUAUUCGCAAGGCAUUUGUGUGAAAUUUUAGAAAAGGAUACUGAUUCUGCAAAGUGGUACGCCGACUUUGAGAUGUGUUAUUUGAUAUUAAUAAUAGCAGAAUCCCAUUAUUAUUGUGUAUUAGUAAUAGCGGGAUCCUACUGUUAAAUCAAAGAUUCAUUCUUGUCAUGUAUUAUAUUGAAUUUUAAGAUAUUAUCUUUAUAGUUACAGAGAUCGAUUUGUAAAUUAAGAUUUUCUCGUUAAUACAUUAUGUCUGAUUAAGUGUGAUUUGUACAGAGAAGCAUCGUGACGUCUCAAAAAGAUUGAAUGUAUUUCUCCAAUUCGCGUUACAUACCAUACAUAGGGUUGGGAAAUAACUUGAUGGUAACGUCAUUACCAUUACUUUUUUGAUAACUAUUAUUACUUGCAACAGUAAUGGUAAUGUUAUAUUUUACAGUAACAAAUUUUAUCGUAAUUUUACCUUUACUUUUUAAGCAUUAUUUUAUAAAUAUAAAAUUUAUGCUUAUGGAUUAUGUUUCGAUUAGCCAAAACCAAUAUAGGUAUCAUUGAACUGGUCAAACAUUUUGGACAAUUGGAUGCCAUUUUAAAGAAAAGUCAUUAAAAUUUAAAAAACCUAAUGAACCACUUUCUAACUAAUGGUAACAGUUGCUUUUUAAAAUCAAUAACGAGUAACAAUAAUGAGUUACUUUUUACAAAAAAUCACAGUAACGUGUUACUUUUAUAAAGUAAUAUUUCUACACAAAUUCUGGUAAUAUAAUAUAUUUCUUCAUAAAUAUUCGAUCACUUGUACAGAUUCUGUGCCUGUGCAUUAAGUUUUGGCUGAACUUUCCUCCUAAUAUGCAGAAUCACGAACGAGUGAGACUUUUUACAUUUUGCGAUAGCGAAACAAAGCCAUGAGUCCUCAUUUUGUGAAAUCGCGCACAUUCUUUUUAUAAACGCAUACCCAUCUUUGUACAUAGAAUAUUUUUGACAGAACGUGAACAACGUUGCAUAUAUAGAGACGCACAAGCUUUGUAUUAGACAAAUAAAAGAAAUCAGGUCCGGAUAAUCGGGCCUUUUUAACUUUGUAUGUUUUAUGCGCCGUACAAUAUUCUAAUUGCGUCUCAAGUUUCUCUCGACAUCGGCUAGCAAUUGCGAGAAAGAGAGACAGAACGAAAGUACCUAUUCGGUGGUGAAAUAUUUUCACGAGAUUUGCCAUCGAACGGUGCCGUGUCAAGCGAAACAUAUGGCGCUCGUCGCUUGUAGUGAACGAUCUCGUUUCAUCCGACGAUCGCUGACGAAAGAUGUGAUUGUAUAUAAAUAUUAGGAAAUUGAAACGCGACUUUUUUUCGCGAUGCAAUGUAGCGAUACUGCAAAGAACGCUAGAGCUUGUACGUUGUACGCUAUGUAUGCGCAUCUCCAUAAAUUAUUAAAUAAAUAUGUUUUGUACAGUAAUGUUGUCGGUACGACCGCUGCUUAUAA